AUGAAGACCGCAAAGGGCAAGAAGAAAGACCCCAAAGACGCACUUGGUCGACUUGUCCGCGACUUGAAAGAGAAGCCGACGUUGUGCCCAGUCAAAAGCUACCCUGGUGCGACGCUCGCGCGGCGGAGCACGGACACUUCACUCCCUACUGAAUGGUCGUAUAACAAUGAGGCGGUCGCAGCCAAGAUAACACAACUUUUUGGCCGGUGGGCCAAGUGGUCUCGAGAAGGAGGCAGAGUGACAACCUCACAAGGAGCGUUCGUUCUGGAGCAGCGUCCAAUAAAGCCAGCAGUGAGAAUGCCUGACGUGGCAUACACACUGCGAGAUGAGAAGGACAGGGGUCUAGAUCGCACACAAAUGUGGACGUACCGCGGAGAACCGUUUGACCCGAGCUUCGUCGUUGAAAUUGACAAGCUCUCCGGUCGUGGAUCUCAACGCAGAGCUCUAAACAGCAAGAUGCGCUACGAGUACUUCCGGCAUGGCGUUCAGUUGGGCUGGUUGAUCGAUCCGCGCCCCGGCCACUACAAGAUGUAUGAGUACUAUCUCAACGAACGCGGGCAGGUGAAAUGCUCGGACGACACUGCGUGGAGAGACCUCGAUGGCCGCGAUGUUCUUCCCGGAUUCACUCUCACCAGCACCGACUUGGAGAUGGUGCUUGACCAGGAUCCUGGAUCGUCGUCGGAAGAAGAAGUUGACUUUGCUUGCCCAGAGCGAGGAUGCGGGAAACGCAUGAGAUCGCGCGGGGCGUGGGCUGCGCACGCGGAGUGGCACCGUGCUGAAUGUGCUCGGCGGAAGCAUUUGGCGAAGCGUGCGAGCAACUAG